AUGGGAUCAGAUACGCCCCCGCAGACCGUGUUGCAAAUCCUUGACUCAAUCUGUGCCAAGGAGCCCGGAAGACUGUACUGCAUUCACCCAUUCUCCUCGGACAUCUCUCAGGGAUGGGUCGAGGUUCGAUUCGCUGAUGUGGUCAACGCGACCAAUCGCAUGGCCCUCUGGAUUCAAGAAAACGUGGCAUCAUCCAACAAGCCCGAGGCUUUGACAUAUAUCGGCGCUAACGAUAUUCGCUACUGCAUCUUUGCCUUUGCGUGCAUGCGACUUCGUCAUAAAGCUGUUUUCCUCUCAACUCGGAAUUCUGCACAAGCCUCACGGCACGUGCUAGAAGCUGUGGGGUGCUCGAAAUGUGUCUAUACACCUGAAAGAAGCCGCCAAGUAGAGGACAUUAAGGAAUUAGACUCAUCUGUAGAAUCAUGGCUGGCGCCCGACAUGUGGACAGUGUUCGAUCAUCAAUCUGCUGCUCUACCUAUGAUUGAAGAACCGCCGAAUGAUCCCGAAGACCGAGUGGCUGUCUAUAUCCACAGCUCUGGAACAACGGGAAUGCCCAAGCCAGUCCCGAUGACAAAUGGCUACUUUAUGGCAGUGCAGCAAAUGUGCGAUUUACCAACUCCCGAAAACAGGAUCGGAAGUUUGGCACCUGUGGCAGAAAGGGGUAAGCGAAUACUUACAUCGAGCCCUCUAUUUCAUCUCAUGGGUCUUUUCAGCGCGUUGAUACCUAUUUAUUGCGACACGCCCAUUGUUAUGGUGCCUGAGAAACCUCUCACACUUGAGCUCUUUGCUCGAAUAGUACAAGAAACAGAGCCAAAGACCGCCAAUUUACCUCCACCGGUAUUGGAGGAAUUGUCUUCCUCUGAGCUGGGGAUGGCAUGUUUGAAGAAAUUCGAUAUGCUCACCUUCGGAGGUGCUCCUUUGUCCCAAGAAGCCGGCGAUCGUAUUGCCAAGGAGGUCCAUCUUCAAUCAAUUCUCGGAUCUAGUGAAUGCGCAGUAUUUAGUACCUUGAAAUAUCAAGAGAAAGACGAGUGGCGCUAUCUUGAAUGGAAUCCUUAUGCUGGGUAUGAAAUGCGCGACAUGGGUGAUGGGUACCAUGAGUUUGUGAUACCGCGUGGAGAAAGCAGAGCCGCACAUGCUGUCUUCCACACAUAUCCUGACCUGAAGGAGUAUCGCACGGGGGAUCUUUUCACCCAACAUCCUACGAAGAACGGCCUUUGGCUGUAUGCUGGCCGCUACGAUGAUGUUAUUGUUCUGAGCAAUGGCGAGAAGUUCAAUCCCAUCACCAUGGAGGAGAUAAUCUCGAGUCACCCACUUGUUGCUCGGGCGGUGACCAUUGGCCAAGGACGUUUUCAAGCUGCAAUUCUAGUGGAACCUGACUGGGAUGAGUGGAAUGGUGAGCCUAGCGAGCUGCUUGAUGAGAUCUGGCCCACAGUGAAGAAGGCAAAUGCAGCCGCUCCAAGUCAUGCACAGGUGACAAAAGAACGCGUCGGUAUCUCGUCUCGCUCAAAACCAUUUCAGUUGACCCCUAAAGGGACAAUCAAACGACGAAUGAUUGCGAAUGACUAUGCAAGUGAAAUCGAUGCGCUUUAUGCCGCUGAUGAGCAGAUGGAUGUUGCACAGAUUGCCAAGGAGGCUACACUGUCGGAAAUUGCAGUCUACGUUAUGAGAACACUAUCAGACAUUCUGGAAGUUCCGGCAAUCGAUCAAAAUGCUGAUAUUUUUGCCAUGGGUCUUGAUUCUUUGCAAACAUUGCGCUUGGGAAAGGUUCUUCAAGCAUCUCUGCAGUCAGUACGACCCGAUCUGGGCCCUGCCUUCAGUAGCCAGCAGCUCUACUCGCUGCCAACAAUCACUCGGCUUGCUGAGUAUAUUCUUAACAUCAUUCAAGGAGGGGACUCUUCACUAGGGAGUACAACAACGGAAAGCGAUAUUGAUAGAGAGCAAAGAAUCUCCAAUCUAGUCAAUAAAUACUCCGCCGACUUCGGAUCAAACCAUGCUGUGAUUUUGACGGGCUCAACUGGCUCGCUGGGUGCUUAUCUUCUGUCUGAGCUCCUUCGUGAUCUGAGUGUCACCAAAAUCUACUGCCUCAAUAGGUCGUCAGACGCAGCUAUAAGACAACUUCAAAGUCAUCAAGAGAAAGGUCUGGCCACUUACACCCAGUUUCCACGGCGUGUGGAGUUCCUUCAGGCACAAUUUGGAGCCGAGCGACUUGGUCUAGAUGAGGCGAAAUAUGAAGAACUCUUGCUGGAGGUUGACACCAUUAUUCAUAAUGCUUGGAAAGUCAAUUUCAACCACAAGGUCGAGGCUUUUGAGAAUCCUCAUAUUGAAGGGGUACGUCGUCUGGUAGAAUUCAGUAUCGCCAGUGAAAAGACUGCUCACAUCCAUUUCAUCUCGUCUAUAUCUACUAUUGAGGGGUACAGCAACGGCCCAUCUAUUCCAGAGUCUAUUUUUAAUGAGCCAAGCUCCGUUCUGCGGCAGGGAUAUGGCGAGUCUAAGCAUGUCGCUGAAAGAAUUUGUGCAAUGGCGUCAGCCAAAUGCGGAGUACCAACUAGUAUUCAUCGCGUUGGACAGAUUGGAGGUCCAACGACUGAGAAAGGGAUAUGGAAUAAACAGGAAUGGGUGCCUUCGUUGAUCGCAGCCUCAAAAACCAUUAAACAAAUUCCGAAUUCCCUUGGCUCAAUCGCCGUGCAAUGGGUGCCUGUGGAUAUUUGCGCAAAGGUAAUACUUGACAUUGUUCGUACUCGGCGGACGACUCAGGAUGAAGAGCCAUGCGCCGCAUUCCACAUUGUUAACCCCAAAAUCGUGGACUGGGAGACUCUUAUUCCUUUUAUUCAGAAAUAUAUGGAUGUUGAGCCAGUUCCCUUGCAGACAUGGAUCAAUACCCUUGAGAGCUUCCCGAAUCCGACAGAAGCUGAUCUUCGAGACAAACCCGCGCUAAAAAUUCUUGAAUUCUUCAAGGCCGUCGCCUAUUCAGAUGAAGCUGGCCCAUCGACAGAAACCAUCAAGACCCAGGCAGCUAGUACAACGUUGCGUCAUCUGAACGCAGUUGAUGGGCCCUUAAUGACGCGAUGGAUGGAUCAGUGGAAGUUCUAG